AUGGCAUGUGGCCUGCUUUGUCAACAGGGUCCUCGAAAUCCCAUCUGGUCCUCAGCCAAUUACAACAGUGAGCACCCUUGGCAACAGAUGGACUGGGGUUCUCCUAGGGUUGUAUAUAUCCCCCUAGUAGAUCCCUGAACUGAGCAGCCCUGCAGUGGGGACCCUGUGUGCAUGCGCAUGAUCGUGGAGCAGAAGAGCACAGCAAGUAUUCCUCCCAGCGGUAAGCCCACAGGAAGGAGUCCCCUGGCUGCACAUACCCAGCCCCUGCCCCUCUAGGUGAACUUUCAGUGGGUGCCAGAUUUGGACCCAGCCACCUUUGGUGCCUCCCCAUGGCUGCCAGAUCACUUUUUGGUCCAGCUAGGUGAUUAUGUGUCCUUCCACUUUGAGCAUUACCAGGACAACUUCAGCCAUGUCUGCAAGAUCCUCCAGUGCCUGACCAGCUGAGCUCAGCCUUGGGCAGCCUCCUGCCUCAGUGGGGACCUAACCCUGCCAGAUGAUUGUGAGCUCUCCUGCAAGGAUCUCAAGGAAGUUGCACUGAUCUCAAGUUCAGUGCAAUUGUUGUGGUGUAGUGCCCUGCCCCCAGCCUCAAGUCAGCCACCAAUAGCCUCACAGCCAUCUGUGGUGAGGCAUUACGUAGCUAGGUUCUCAGAAGCUCUGAUCCUCAACAUGAGUGCUCCUCCCAGGCCUGUCCCAUCUGCUCUGGGCACCCCCACUGUUUCUACUACCAACUCUGCAUCCAGAAAUGCUGUGCUUGAAUAGCAGCUGAUCAAGGAGGAUGCCCCUGGGCCCCCUCCCUUGUCCAGUUCUGUGUGCAGCACUAAUCCUGAUUCUAUGGGGCAGACCUCCUCCCAGCCAGGGGAGAUGGUUCCCAAACCUAUACCUGCAUUUUCAGAAUUUGCUGUUCUAAAACCACAUCCAGCUUGCCAGGGUGUCUAGAACCCCAAAAGACGGGGGUUACUUCUGAGACAGAGGGAGACUAGGAGGCAUCCUUAGGUGAUUUAUAGGGGGUGCUAGGUACUCUGGAAACCCCAGAAGAGCCACCAUUUUCUCCUUCUGUCCACCCUGCCACCCUGGAAGCUGAACAUGUCCCAGGCAGGUGUAGCACUGUCUCAUGAUGAGGUGGCCUGUGUAGUCAAGGACCCCCAUAGCUUUCAGUUAGAGCAGAGUGACACUGUCAGAUGACUCUGGAUGAUAGUGCUACUAGUUGUUGCCCUGUCCACUGUCCUCCGCUCAGCGAGGAGGUGCAUUGAUUUGGGCUUGACCUUGUCUGAACACAAGUGUGUGGGUCCUCCCACCUCCACCCCCCCACUGCAGAAUGUUGACCUCUGCCUAAUGCCGCUCAUCCUCACACUCUCCCUACAGCCCAGGGACUGCCUCCUACUGGACUGUCAGCUCUAUUCCCACACCUUGCAGCAGAGUGCCAACUCACCUGGACCUGUUCCCACCAGUUGGACAGUUCCAUAGAUAAUCCCCUUCAGAUAUUUGUAUUAUCUUUGUAAAUGCACUCCUUCCCCACAAAAAACAACAAACCUCCUUCAGCAUUGGCUGGGACUGGACUGGGUCUGCCAUGCCAGCCCUCUUUGGAUCUGAUUGCUACUUGUCACUCCUUUCCCCAACUCUGCUUCCUGUGACCCCUGCCCUCUGGGCUGAAAUUUAAGGAAGGCUGAGUGGAGAAAGUAGCCACAUUGUUCAUUACAAGUGGAGUAGUAUCUUGACAGAGAAGGAUGCUUCCCUGUGGGUUUACUGGCAGCUCUGGUCUGUUGGGACAACUUAGAUUCAGGAAGGUGAGAUGCAAGCCCCCUUGCCAAUCUCAACUCUGUUCCAGGCAUCUCCCCGCCUUCUAUCCAUUAACAUUCUAGUCAUAACUGGUUUUCUUUAGAAGUGGUCAUGAAAAAAGUCUCAGUGCCAUUGACUGUGCUGUCCUCCCACUUUCUGCUUUUCAGCAGUCCCUACACCACCUCACACAUUGCUGAUUCACCACUUCAACCCCAAUACUGUAAUUCACUUAUAUUUCUAGGUAGACUGUGAGCCUCUAGUGUAGGGGCUGCUCCUUAGCUUUGUGUCCUUGGUACACAGUUGGUGCUUAUUAAAUGUGUGUUGAAUACAUGACCUGAGCCUGUGGUGUGGUAACUGCCAAUAAGCAGAGUCCUUGUUCUGUCAGUAUGAGCACUGUACCCAUUCUGUCUGGAACAGAGGCUAGACCUCAGCUGCAAGCACCUGAGAUUAGUAUUUCAGAUGUUGUUUCUGUGGUGACACAGAGGACUGAAAGGCCUGGUUGAAGGAGUUAGGGCUUAAUAGAUAGGAGGAGCAAGAGGCUUGGCAUGGAGUGUGGACUUGAGAACUGACUUCGUAAAGAAAGCCGAAGGUGAGGUGAGGAGCAGGCAGCAGACCAGAGCUGUGAGCCUCCAGGGGCUGGGGGAUUGGAAUGAAGAAAGACCUGUUCUGCAAAGGGAUGGAUUUUCUAAGAGCAGAGCUUAGAGGCUCCCUCAAGCCAAGUUUUACACAGGAUGGGUACAGUGCACCUUCCCAGAGGGGCAGUUAGGUAAGUAUUCCAAUCCCUUUUCAGUUUUACAAUUGUGAAAACGAAACACCUUCCUUGAAAGUAGGAAGAAAGAGUAAUAACUAUAAUAUAAGAUCCUAAAACUAGUUAUUUUAGGAAAAACAGUAAUAAGCAAACAUCUGGUUAAAAAAAAUCUUAGGUAAAUAGACAUUAUUGGGAUUAUAAGUAACAGUUGCUUAAAAAGGCUCUGGGUUCACAUGGUUUUAUGCGUGAAUUAUUUUAAGGCAUAGAUACAGGUAAAAAUAGUUGUAAAUCUUGGAAAUAGGUGGGAAGCUGAUAUUAACUUCAAAAGUAAAACAAACUGACAGAAGAAAUCACUGCAGUCUUGAUUCUGAUCAAAUGGGAGUUUGUGAAUGUUCUGGCCUAGCCCCAGUGCAGGUGCACUGCCACCCCUCAUCCCCUGUACUAUCACUAAGGCAGAGCCCUCCUUUUGCAGGCCUGGGAUGGAUUGCCUUCCCACCCCCUAUUCAGCUGUGAUAUGGCCUACCUGUGGGUCUGGUGUUAGCCUUAUCAAGGAGGGCCCUCAUUCCAGCUGGCAGGACGGUCAGUAGAACCUAAGCUGCUCUUGAGGUUGAUAGCCUGGUCAACUGUUGCAGGCCUGUAAGACUGCCUUUCCUAUCUCCAUCUAGUGAGUUGCUUCAGCUCAGGACUGCCCUCUUUUCUUCUGAUAUCAUCUUGUGAGACCUUUCCUUCCUCACAGACAGUUCCUACUGGCUUUGGUUAUAGCUCGGCAUACCUUUCCUGAGGGCCAGCUCUGCCAAGACAGGGCUGAGAUCUGGGGAGAGAUCAGAUGACCUGUUUUUUAAUCCUCUGUAUGUCUGUGUCCUAAUCUUGGGAAAUGGAGCCUAUUUAUUGUGUUGGGCUCUUAAGAAUAACACAAAGGAAAGGAGGGCAGGGCCUCUCUGGUGUUGACAGGUUGCUGUUCUUGGGUGCCCAUGCAAGUAGGAUUGAGGAGUGGACAGAAGGUCUCUUCCCUGUCCUUCCAGACAGACAGUGCAGUGUUGCAAAGUGACAGCUUUGUCUCCAGGCGGCGGUAGUGCCCUGCCUAGGGCAGAUUUGAUAUAGCUGCUUUCCCUUUCUAGGUGGGGAGAAGGAACAUAGAGGCCAGGAAAGGAGGCCCUGCACAGGCUAUAAGACUGUCACUGCUCCUAGCAUGCCAUACAAGCUGACAAAAGGAGGGUGUUCCUGGGAGCAGCAUAGUCUGGCACAGUGUAGUACAUGUGCUCCGGAUGCCCACCUUCCAGAUGUCCCUCACUUCCCUUGGAAAUAUCCAGAGAUUUUAUUUCUCAAAGGAAGGAUACAGUGGGCACUAUAGGAGGGUUUUUCAAUUAACUGUUUAUAAGGAAAAUUCUAAAGCAAGAAGGAUUGAGGGCAAGGUCUUACACUGAAACAUUUUAUAAAGCUCCAAUAGUGAAGAUGGUUGUAAACUGGUGUUGACUGGUGAACAGAAAAUAAAAAAAUUUGAGAUAGAGCCAAAUAAAUAAUAAAUAUAAAACUUUAGUUAAUGCUAAAGGUGUUUCAACUUAACUGAAUAAAAUGGAUUAUUCAGUGAAAGGUUAGCUAGUCAUCUGGAAAAUAGUAAUACUGGAUACCUACUGCUAUACCAGUCUAGUCUCCAAUGAAUUAAUCUCAACAUUAUAUCAUAGAAGUACUACAGGAGAAUAUGGGUGAUUUUUUUUCUUCUUCCUGUGAUCCCAGGACUUUAAUCAUUUUAAAUACCCAGAAUUGUUGAAAGUAUGAAGAAACAGCUUCUCAUUCUAUUGGUGGGAGUUUGAAAUACUGCAAUCAGAUGACAUUUCUAGAUGCACAGAUACUGAUUUACCUUCAUACCAGUGAUCAUUGCUGUUUCUGUGGUGUAAGGAUUUGAGUGUGGGCUUCAACUCAGCUUGGACACUUCUGGCCUCCCCCACUUGCAAUCUGAUGGUCCUUCUUACCUGAUCUCUGAGCUAUUAGAAUGGCUUGUUCUCAGUGGGAUAGUGGGAGGGUUGAAUGAGAUCAUGCUCAUGCAUGACUUGAGCCCUGUUGACCACUGAAUAGAUGUCACUUCAUGAUUAACAGCAAAAGUAGAAAGGACACAAAGGUCCAGCAAUAAGGAGCAAAGUAAAUAUUGGUUUACUAUAUCAGUUAGGAUGAACCAGAUUGUGCUGCAGUAACAAGAACCUCUAAUCUUUAGUAGUUUGAGUCAACACUACUUAUUUCCUGCCCAAUCCACACAUUUGUCAUGCAUCAGCUGGGCAUCUCCUCCCAUGACAGUCUCUUAAGUACCUGUGCCAACAGAAACUACACUAGAAAUAUUUCUCCAUGACCAGAGGCAGAAAAAGACCACGUGGCACUCUACUUCCAUCUCUGACCAGAGGAAGGUGCCAAGCCACAUCUGAGUUCUACAUGAUGAGAAUGUCUCCUUAUCCCCUGGGGUGGGACACUCAGUGUUGAGAAGAACAAGCAUCUCCUCCCUGCAAGACUCAGCCAUACAGCCAUCAAAGUGGGAUGUGAGGGGCUAUUGAUGAUACAUUUGGGAAGAUGACUGUGAGUUUGUUAGUGUAGUGUGAAUUAACAGAAAUGCAUUCUCUCCUAGUUCCAGAGGCUGUAAGUCAGAGAUCAAGGUGUCUAAAAUAGCGGGGUUUCUUCUGAGGCUUCUGCCUGACUUGUAGAUGAUUGUUUUUCUCACUGUGUCCUCUCAUGGUUAAACUGUCCAUUUCCUAAUCUUAAACAGACACCAGUCAUGUUGGACUAAGGCCCACCAUAGACCUUUAAAGGCCCAUCUCCUGGGCCUUUUUGGUGGCACAGGGGUUAAGUCUCAGUUCUUUCAAGCUAUUAACGAGCCACUGUGGCCUGAGUUCAUCCCUGGCCAGGGAGCUAACCCACAUGGUGCAGCAGACCUCUCUUGUCUCACCUGCUGCUCCCCUCAGCAGUGUUUUUCAGUAGAUCUGCCUGUUCUGCCUCCCAUUCUCUGUCUGGUGAAUCCUCUCACCCCCUGCAUCUUUGGCCUACACCCCAGUUUUUGUAUGCAUAAAUAAAUAAUAAAUAUUUUUUAAAAAUAAUAAAGGCCCACUUCCAAAUAUAAUGACAUUGUGAGGUGCUUGGGGGUUAGGGCUUCUACAUGUUGAUUUUGGAGGGAACAAUGUAUCUCAUAAUAAUGGCCAAGGUGGAUUUCUUUGUUCUCUUGGUUGUAGUCUUGGAUGGUACUUUCAUGAGCAGCCUUCUGAGUGCCCGUGUGCAGAAUACUUCCAGGCCUCUGGAGUAGGAAGUGCCCAGUUCUGUUUGUGGGACUUUCUGCUCCAGUUGAGUCUCAUUCCCUUGUAUCUGUAACUUUAUAGGGAAUCGUCAUCUCCCUUCCCUUCAACCCAGUUUUUCAGGUUGGCAUGGCGAGUUUUUAAAACACAUUUUGUUGCAAAUGGAAAAAUGAAAAGGAUGGUAUAGUGGACCGUGACAUGUCUUGCCCAGUGAUCAGUCCUUGUCUGGGGGAUGCUGUGCCAGUGGACUGUCUGACUGCUUUCCCCGGGUGGUAGGAGGCCUAAGUUCACUUUGUUUCCCUUUGGGCUAUGGCGUCCUCAUCUGUAGGUAGGUGAUGUGAGCUCUGUAACAGAGGCCUUGAGCUGGGCCUGGGGGGAGACCCUGGCCUGCAGGGUCUGUGCCAGGUCUGUGUUAGUGCUAGGGAGUGAGCCCAUGCUCUGCCACACCAGUGCCCAUUCUUUGCAACCCAAGUGCAGGUGCUGCUUGAUCAGGGGCCCCUGCUGACCAUAGGAAUGCUGCAUCUUGUAUGCUGAGAGUCCUGAGUGCACAGUGUUGCUUCCCUUGACUUUAGGGCUAGAGCUGAAGUUUCAUAAGGCUACAGGUGAGGUGUGUCAUCUGUGAGGGUCUCCAGGGUGGGGACUCCAGGACUCCUGGGUGGGUUGGCACUGAUCCUGUGUGUUAAGCUCGGGGUCACAGCAAUUUCCUCACUGAGACCCUGCAAAUGAGAGCCUCGGGUGACAGUGGCUGGGAGGGUUACAUUGGGCUGGAGCAGAUCCUUGGCCUCCUGGUCCCUGUCAUCAUCCCUCCUGCUCUCCACCCUUUGCAGCAUGUCACAGAACAUUUGCCACCUAUAGAUUGGAAUGAGUUUCUGCCUUGCAUAUGCCUGCAAGGUGGCAUAUGUAAUCACUGUCCUUGAUCCUCUCUUCCUCAGACUUCAAGUGUUGCUGGUAGCUGCUAGUAUAAGUGUACUUGUUUGUGUUUACUUUUUUGUGUGUGUUUGUGUGUACACUUAGACCUGGGGGGCUGGUGGGCAGAGACCACUGGAGAUAUGUGGUGCAUCUGUAGGCACGUUAUAUGUUGUAGACAGAUUGCUGGGGGACUUCCCACUCAAGGUAACCUUUGACACAGGAGUCACGAGGGUCCCCAUCAGAGAGUGCAUCACCACCAUUGUGGCUAAGGACACUUUCUCCAAGUGGGACUGGAUUCCCAGGAGCUUUGGGUAUGUCCCCACUCCCCAGGCUAGGGCAUCAGACCUUUAGGAUGGACUCCAUUUUGUGCCCUUGGUGAGUAUCAUCUGUAUGCUGUUAUCGGUGCUGGGCAGCUAGUCACUGGCAGAAGUGGGCUUCAGAGGCCAACAGUGGCACAUAGGAAAUGGUUGCACUUCCAGAAAAGAAGUAAGCUUUUCCAUAUGUUCACCAGGGACAAUGUGGCAGGUGACCUGUCACUGGCAAAGUUCCCACCCCUGCCCAUAAGUGCCUCUGGCUAUAAUGCCCCUGAGUUGGGUUUCCUUCCUGCUACCUUGCCAGGAUCCUUGAUCUACUCCUGGUGGGGUGGGGAGGUGGAUGUCCUUGAGAUGCCUGUUUAUGGAGAGACCCUCAUUUGCUGAUCCUAACUGCCCCUGCAGCCAAAUAGCCCCUUACCCUGACAUUUCCUCUCUGGUUUCUCUUGGUCUCACCCUCUCCCUAGUCACUAAGACCCAUGGAGAAGUCUGACUUGCAGCCUCACUGCCUGCAACUGCAGAACACUGGCCUUUCACACCUUAUGUUCUCUAGCCUUGAGGUUGUCAGACAUCAUUAUGCCUUCAUCUUCAUGGGACUCCUGCUACCUGAGCCUGGCCUGGCCUGCUGGUGUGAGAGAGUUGGUGGCUUUCCCAACCGGGAUUUGGCUGUCAUGGGGCAGAGGAAAAUAAUGGUGGCCUGGUGGGAGCAUUGUGCUUAUGACUGCCUAGGUAUCCACAUACCAAGUGGGCCUUGACCUUAGUGAAGGCACCUGGAAACUCGGUCCCAGAAAACUCAGAUGUAACUUUACCUCUGUCACCUGUUGCCCCAGAUAUGGGGGGGGGGGGG